AUGCUGCUGAAGUUAGGAGGCAUGCGUGCUGCUCUGGGUGUGCUGGCAGUCCGGAGGGCAUGCUGCCACUCCCGCUCUGCCCACACUUCACCACAGACUUUGGUGUACAAGCCCAUCAAAAAGGUCAUGGUGGCCAACAGAGGAGAGAUCGCUAUCCGGGUGUUCCGAGCUUGUACGGAGUUGGGCAUCCGGACCGUGGCUGUGUACUCUGAGCAGGACACAGGUCAGAUGCACAGGCAGAAGGCAGAUGAGGCAUACCUCAUAGGCAGGGGCCUGCCACCCGUUGCUGCAUAUCUGCACAUACCUGACAUCAUCAAAGUGGCCAAGGAGAAUGAUGUAGAUGCCAUCCACCCUGGCUAUGGCUUCUUGUCGGAGCGGUCUGAUUUUGCCCAGGCCUGUGCUGAUGCUGGAGUGCGCUUCAUCGGCCCUGCUCCUGAGGUCGUCCGCAAGAUGGGGGACAAAGUGGAGGCGCGUGCCAUCGCUAUUCGUGCUGGUGUGCCAGUGGUUCCUGGAACAGACGCUCCUAUCUCCUCUCUGCAGGAGGCGCAGGAGUUCUCCAACAACUAUGGCUUCCCCAUCAUCUUCAAGGCUGCGUAUGGUGGUGGGGGCCGUGGCAUGCGGGUGGUCCGCGAGUAUGAGGAACUGGAAGAAAACUAUCAACGGGCCUACUCUGAAGCCCUGGCUGCCUUUGGUAAUGGAGCACUAUUUGUUGAGAAGUUCAUUGAGAAGCCCAGACACAUUGAGGUGCAAAUUCUAGGUGACAAGUACGGGAAUGUGAUUCACCUUUAUGAGAGAGACUGCUCUAUUCAGAGGAGGCACCAGAAGGUGGUGGAGGUUGCCCCAGCAACACAGCUAGAUCCCCACCUCCGAGACAGGCUAACUGCAGACUCGGUCAACCUGGCCAAACUGGUUGGGUAUGAAAAUGCAGGCACAGUGGAGUUCCUGGUGGAUAAGCAUGGAAAACACUACUUCAUUGAGGUCAACUCCCGUCUGCAGGUGGAACACACAGUUACAGAGGAGAUCACAGAUGUUGACCUGGUGCAUGCUCAGCUGCGGAUUUGCGAGGGUCGCAGUCUGCCCGAGCUGGGUCUAAAGCAAGAUAAGAUCCGGAUCAAUGGGUAUGCCAUCCAGUGCCGAGUGACCACAGAAGACCCUGCCCGUGGCUUUCAGCCGGACACCGGUCGACUUGAGGUGUUCCGCAGUGGUGAAGGUAUGGGCAUUCGGCUGGACAGCGCCUCUGCCUUUCAGGGUGCAAUCAUCUCCCCUCAUUACGAUUCUCUCCUGGUUAAAGUCAUCUCCAGUGGUAAGGAUCUCCCUGCUGCUGCUGCCAAAAUGAGCCGCGCCCUGGCAGAGUUCCGUGUGCGGGGGGUCAAGACAAAUAUCCCAUUCCUCCAGAAUGUGUUGAGCAAUGACCAGUUCCUUUAUGGCACUGUGGACACUCAGUUCAUUGAUGAGAAUCCAGACCUGUUCAACCUCAAACCAGUCCAGAACCGAGCCCAGAAACUCCUCCAUUACCUGGGUCAUGUUAUGGUGAAUGGCCCUACUACUCCGAUCCCCGUCAAAGCUAAGCCUUCUUCCAUUGAUCCAGUGGUCCCCGCUGUACCUCUCGGUGACCCACCUAAAGGUUUUAGAGAUGUGUUGCUGAAGGAGGGUCCCGAGGGCUUUGCUAAAGCAGUGCGAGCCCACCAGGGUCUGCUCCUGAUGGACACCACCUUCAGAGAUGCCCACCAGUCUCUGCUGGCCACCAGAGUUCGCACUCAUGACCUCAAGAAAAUCUCCCCCUUCGUGGCACAAAACUUCAACAAGCUGUUCAGCAUUGAAAACUGGGGAGGCGCUACAUUUGACGUGGCCAUGCGUUUCUUGUAUGAGUGUCCAUGGAAGAGGCUGCAGGAGCUCAGGUCCCUGAUACCCAAUGUGCCCUUCCAGAUGCUCCUGAGAGGAGCCAAUGCAGUGGGAUACACCAACUACCCUGACAACGCGGUCUACAAGUUCUGCGAGGUGGCCAAAGAGAAUGGGAUGGAUAUCUUCCGAGUCUUUGACUCUCUGAACUACCUGCCCAACAUGUUGCUGGGUAUGGAGGCAGUGGGAGCUGCAGGAGGAGUGGUGGAGGCAGCUAUCUCCUACACAGGAGACAUCUCUGACCCCAUGAGGCAGAAAUACUCCUUGGACUACUACCUCAAGCUGGCCGACGAGCUGGUGAAAGCUGGAACACACAUACUUUCUAUCAAGGACAUGGCUGGGCUGCUGAAGCCAGAGGCGAGUCGUGUACUGAUCAGUUCUUUGAGGGACCGUUUUCCUGACAUGCCAAUUCAUGUGCACACUCAUGACACAGCGGGUGCUGGUGUGGCCGCCAUGUUGGCAUGUGCUGAAGCCGGAGCAGACAUUGUGGACGUUGCAGUGGACCCCAUGGCUGGCAUGACCUCACAGCCCAGCAUGGGCGCCAUCGUGGCCUGCACCAAGGGAACCAAAUAUAAUACAGGUAUCUCUCUGGAGAAGGUGUUUGACUACAGUGAAUACUGGGAAGUGGCCCGUGGUCUCUAUGCUCCAUUUGAUUGCACAGCCACUAUGAAGUCUGGCAACGCCGACGUGUACGAGAAUGAAAUCCCAGGAGGCCAGUACACUAACCUGCACUUCCAGGCUCACAGCAUGGGUCUGGGCCACAAGUUUAAGGAGGUGAAGAAGGCUUAUGUUGAGGCCAACAAACUGCUGGGAGACCUCAUCAAAGUGACCCCUUCCUCGAAGAUUGUGGGAGACCUGGCGCAAUUCAUGGUGCAGAACUCUCUUACCCGUGCAGAGGUUGAGGAGCGGGCAGACGAGCUGUCCUUCCCUCUCUCAGUGGUGGAGUUCCUGCAGGGCCAUGUUGGCAUCCCCCAUGGAGGCUUCCCUGAACCCUUCAGAUCUAAGGUGCUGAAGUCUCUACCUCGUGUAGAGGGUCGUCCAGGUGCCUCGCUCCCUGCCAUGGACUUCGAGGCUUUGGAGAAGCAGCUGCGUGAGACUCACAGGGAUGACAUCACUACAGAGGAUGUGAUGUCAGCAGCCAUGUACCCGAAAGUUUUCCAGGAGUUUAAGGAAUUCACUACCACCUUCGGGCCUGUCGACUGUCUCAACACUCGUCUCUUCUUAGACGGUCCCAGUGUCGCUGAGGAGUUUGAGGUGGAGCUGGAGAGAGGCAAAACGCUCCACAUCAAAGCUCUGGCUUUGGGGGACCUGAACAAGGCCGGACAGAGAGAGGUUUUCUUUGAGCUGAAUGGCCAGCUGAGGUCUGUUCUAGUGAGAGAUACUGUGGCCAUGAAGGAGAUGCACUUCCACCCAAAGGCUCUGAAGGACGUGCGGGGGCAGGUGGGCGCGCCCAUGCCAGGGAAGGUGGUAGAGGUGAAGGUGAAGGAGGGUCAGAAGGUCGAGAAGGGUCAGCCUUUGUGCGUGCUCAGUGCUAUGAAGAUGGAGACAGUGGUCAACUCACCGCUGUCUGGCACCGUGGCCAAAGUGUAUGUGAAAGCUGACAGCAGCCUAGAGGGAGAUGACCUGAUCCUGGAGAUUACGGAGUAAACACACAGCCUGAGGAAUGAGAAUGUUAACCUGACAUUAACAUCACCAGCCCCUGCAAGCACAGAGACACACACACAAACACACACACAUACAUACACACACACGCGCUCGCACAUAAAUACGCUCACAGUUAGUAGACCUAUUUUUGGAGAAACAUCUCAAAUGAACUGAACGUAGUUACUGCCUAAUGUAUCUGGAAAUUAGUGUUUUUGCAUCGGGUGUGUGAGGGUUCAUUUUGUGUCAUCUGCGCUAGUUUGAUAUAAUCAUCUGUCAUUUAGAACAAAUGAUAAUCACCAGUGCUAAUCAUCCGUGCGCUGGAAAGUAGUGUUAUAUUAACAUUAAGUGAGUGUUCUAUUAAUGUUUGUCAAUCGUCUAAAUAGAAAUAUGAAUGUAGUGGUGAAGAGACUUAUAUGGGAGGAAAAAAGCAAUAACUGAACCAGGUGUAAUUACAAAUCAGCCUAGUUUUGCACAAAAAAAAGAAAUUGGUGUGUCACAUUUAUCCUUGUUGAUCACCCUAAAAAUUUAAAAGCACUACUUUGGAGAUUUUACCUGAAGUGUUGAAUUAACCAAACUGAAGUAAUCUUGCGCUCAGCUUUUUUGCUUUUUAAAUCUGUGCUGUCACUCCCUUUCACAGCAGAUCUUUUUAAGCAUUUUCUGCAGAUGAAAAGUUCACAGUGCUCAAGGUCUUAUCGCAGGUGAUGUUAACUUCAAACAUUGACCAAAAAUUCAUUGUUAAAUCACAAUGCCACUCUCAACUGGGUGAAUAUAACCAAUGGUCUUGUUAGCACUUAGAACCUGAUAAACUUUCUGUCUCCCACCAUGCAUUAGGCCGAACUGAAGCACAGGCUCGCUAGUCACUGGGGCGGUCUUGGCCAAGCUCCAUUGAUCACAAUGAUGAUUGAUGAUUAGAUGUGUUCAAGAGUGCCUGCAGAACCCGGGGAGCCUCAAAGCUCAUCCAAUCAGAGCACAUCGUUAGAGGGGAAACCUCCUUCUCAUGUCACUGUUCCAAUUUGCCCUUUAACAUGAAUUUAUCACAGCACUCUCGUUACAUUCCAGCUCAGUAGAAGGCCUUGGAUUGUGGCCCGAGGAGCCUUGUUCCCUGGCUUUCUUUUUCUAUUGUGUUUUUUUUUUUUUUUUUUUUUUUUUUUGCGCAAUAUCCAGCUGACACUGGAGCAUUCUCGUUUGAACUGUUAUCUUUUGUAGCUGUGAAUCAAACGUGUGUGUGUGUGAUCUGUAAGAGCAAGCAGGCUGUUGAAAGCACUCAACACUACGCUUCAGUGGCGCCGUAUCGGUAAUCCAUUAGGCAACAUCCAGACUGCUUUGCUAAUUUGAGCACCGAACAGUUUUGAUAGAUGCUUCUCUCUUCUAACCUCUUAUCAUUAAACAUAUCAAAACAAGGAAGCCAGGUAGGUCAGGUGUAAGCACGUUAAUUUUAGCCCGAAGAGACAAAGCACAAACUGGAAAGUAAUGCCACAGUAGAACUGUUGAAGUCUCUGUAAUUGUGCUCUAGUGGAUGAUUUAACUGACUUAUAUAAAUGUUGCUGUAGCACACAGCAGUCAUGCUUUACUGUCUUGUGCAGCAGUGCCCUAGUUACACAGUCGUUGUUGACCACUGUAUCAAACCUUGUUUACAUUUGGAGUUGGUACUUCCACAUAUUUCAUGGUGUCACACAUGAGGGCUUUUCAGGAAAAGGAGGACAAGUUACCUUUUUAUUUGUUUCAGUUCUUGUGGGACAUGAAGGGAGUCUCAAAAGCUCUUGUGACAGUAACACUCACCUCCACUGGGUCUUCUUGGCGUUAUUCAUUGUUAUUUUGUCCAAGCUGCCGAGCUGCCCAAGUCCAGGUUUGGUAAAUGUAGGCAGUAGAAAUAUCAGUGUCUUAAAUUGUUUCCCUGGUGAUACAUGAACUGCUCUUGGCAUUGUAAGUACCUGCUGUUUACGUAUUGAACAAUAAGGCUUUUUUUUUUCUUUUUUUAAAUCCUGUUUCCAAAUUCAUGAACUCAUUCGAGCUGAAACGUAGAGCGCUAGAAUUUAGAAACGUAUGCAUUUGUAAUUGAGAUCAUGCUGGAGGGGAGUGGAACUAAUCUUACAGGCUUGCUGGAAAUAAUGUUUAUCUUAUCUUUCCAAUGCAUUCUGUAUUUUCUGUGAAGUUAUUCUCUUUUCAUAGCUUUUGAUAACGAGAAUUGUAAGAGUCAGAAGAUAUGCAGAUACUAAUUCACCAUAACCUCAUGGUCUUAUCAUUGGAAACAGAAAAUGGAGGCAAAAUAAAAGAAGGAUAACAAACUAA